AUGUCAUUGAUUGAUGUUUGCUCUGUGCUGCUGCCUGGAGGUAAACUCUUUGAAAUAGCAAAUGUCUAUGAACCAGACAGAAAUGUGCUGCGGAGGAAAGAAUGGGAAAGGAGAAAUCAGGAAACACAGCAGGAAGAUGGCACGUUUACCACAAGUUACUCCCUCUUCAGUGAACCAUACAAGACUAACAAGGGGGAUGAGCUCUCAAAUCGCAUCCAGAAUACAUUAGGCAACUAUGAUGAAAUGAAAGAUUUACUGACUGAUCGAUCCAACCAGAGCCACCUUGUUGGGGUUCCAAAACCAGGGAUCCCACAGGCAUCCGUAGCUAAAGCAGAUGAACAUUUCAUUGCAGACUCAAGACCACAGUCCCAGCCUUCCAUCAGCACUUCAUCCUCCAUACCAGCAGCUUUAUGUGGACAGAACAAGAGCACCACAAUGGGUUGGCAAAAAGUUGGGCAAAAUGCUUCUGAUGGCCAGCAGAGGACAAGCAAGCAUGGACACAGAUUACUUGAGUCACACAACAGUGACUUCAAAAUGACUAACCAAAAAUCCAGUCUAGAAAAGCUAAAACACUAUGCAUCAAGUCCAACAUCCUCUGCCUCCAAUGCUACACAACCAGGUACUUUAAGAUCCACGCUUGGAGACAGUGUCAGCAGAGUGCAGCAGCAGUCAAAAAUAAGUUGCAAUGCAGAAGUUGGACCUCAUGUUCAAGAAAGGCCAACAAAACAUACCACUGGGCAUUGCGUUCAAAACUUUCCUCCUUCACUUGCUUCAAAGCCCACUAUAGUGCAGCAGAAACCAACAGCUUAUGUAAGGCCAAUGGAUGGACAAGAUCAGGCUCCUGAUGAGUCCCCAAAGCUAAAAUUAUCUGCAGAAACUAACAAGCACUGUACAUCAUAUAAGGGAGUUCCUUCUAAUAAACCUGACUCAACUAGAACCAAGUCUAAGAUUGCAAAAUUUAGCAUUCCCAAGCAAGAAGAGGACAGUGGAACAGGAGAUAACAGCUGCAUUGAAGAAAUUUUACAGGAGAUGACCCAUUCUUGGCCGCCACCACUCUCAGCUAUUCACACACCUGGAAAAGUGGAACAGAGCAAGUUUUCAUUCCCAAACAAGGAGUCACAACAGGGAUCAACAGGACCCAGCAAUACAAGGAAAAGUGAUGUUGAGCCAAAGAGUCCAGAAAAUAGUGCAUCUCAUACAUCAAUGCUAGAAGAUGACCUCAAGUUAAGUAGUGAUGAAGAAGAGAAUGAUCAGCAGGCAGCACAGAGAUCUACUCUCCGCGUUCUAUCUGACAGCACUGGCGUGCAACAGCCCAAUAGCAGAACCUCAGGACUCUCCAGCAAGGGGUCAAGCAGCAGCAGCUCCAGUGAAUCCGAGAGCAGUUCAGAGUCUGAUUCAGAGAGUGAAAGCAGUUCUAGUGAGAGUGACGGCAGCAAGCCCUCUCAUUACUCCAGCCCAGAGCCUGAACAACCAUCAUCAAACAAGUGGCAACUGGAUAAAUGGCUAAAUAAAGUUAAUCCUCACAAAACGCCUAUUCUUAGCCAAAAUGAUAACCAUGGACUGGAGAGUAAUCAGUAUUACAGCAGGAUAAAGGAGGAAGGACAGGAGUGUGAGAAAUUACCAGAUAUUUGCCAAACAGACCUCAGAGACAAAGAAAUUAAGAAUGCCAGCAAAGAGGAGCUGAGGCCUAGAACUGCUAAUAAAGCACCAGGCAAUAAAGGAGGGAAGCAGAAAUCACCUCCCGCUGCUGUUGCUGCUGCUUCUGGAGACAGCGGUCCUCAGAGAAAGCCAGUCUGUAAAAAACAGCCAAGAAGGACAGAGAGGACCUCUGGUGGAGACGCUUUGAACUGCCAUACAUCUGAGGAUCUCACCCUGAGCCAAGGCUUUUUAGAAAAUAACAUCUGUGAGCAACCUAAAGCCAGGCCCUGCAGCAACAGAACUGGGCACAGGAAAGAGCCCCGCUCUGUCACUACAUGCGAAAAGAGACGUACCCGGGGGCCAAGCAAAACAGCACCUAAAUCCAGGGAAUUUAUUGAGACAGAGUCUUCAUCAUCCUCCUCUUCCUCCGAUUCAGAUUCAGAAUCCGAACAAGAGGAAUAUUCUCUCCCUAAACCUCAGACUGCGGCCUCUGCUUCAGCUGGAAAUGACCAGAGGUUGAAGGACUCUGGGAGCAGUAACUCCAACAAAACCAACAGCAGCUGCAGUGCCUUUGGCUCCAUUAAUGCCAGGACUAGUAAUGAAAUAGCAAAGGAGCUGGAGGAACAAUUUUACACCCUGGUUCCUUUUGGUAGGAAUGAGCUCCUGUCUCCUCUGAAAGACAGUGAUGAGGUAAAAUCACUGUGGGUCAAAAUUGAUUUGACUCUUUUGUCCAGGAUUCCAGAGCGUUCACCUGAGGAGCCAUUGGCAAUGAGCACUGGAGCAAAAGAAGUAGCCAGCGUUCACCAGAAUAAUAGUAUUGACCCACCAGCGGAAAAGGUUUUACCAAAAUCUAGAAGGAAACGCAAGUGUGAAAAUGAAGAGGAGCACAGGGAGAGCAAGAAGCCUCAUUUAGAGCGAGACUGUUCUUCACGAUUAAUUGCCUCUGCCCAAAGUAUUUCAACAGCAAAUCAUUGCAACAUAAAUGAAAAUAGCUUGGCAAUACCAAUAAAUAAAAAUGAGAAAAUGCUUCGGUCACCCAUCUCACCCCUCUUGGAUGCAUCAAAACACAAAUACUCCAGCGAUGAUUUAACUUCUUCCAGUAGACCUAAUGGCAGCAGUCUGUUACCUUCCGUCUCCUCCAGCAAAAAACAUAAGGGUGAAAUCCAGUCACAGCAACAUCCUGGAGACUCCAAUAAAGCAAUUCAUAUCAAUUCAGAAAAUGUUCUCUGCAAUAAGCCACAGUUCCAAACAGAGCCAUGGUCACCUUUAUCCAAUGCACCGAGGGACUGCAGAAGAACAAAGCUUGUCUUCGAUGAUAUGCCACGCAAUGCAGAUUACUUUAUGCAAGAAGCUAAACGGAAGAAACAUAAAGCAGAUGCAAUGGUGGAGAAAUUUGGAAAGGCACUUAAUUAUGCUGAAGCAGCACUGUCAUUUAUUGAAUGUGGAAAUGCUAUGGAACAAGGUCCCAUGGAAUCUAAAUCCCCUUAUACAAUGUACUCAGAAACAGUUGAACUUAUCAGGUAUGCUGUGAGACUAAAAACCCACUCAGGCCCUAACGCCACUCCGGAGGACAAACAGCUCGCAGCAUUAUGUUUCCGCUGCUUGGCCCUUCUGUACUGGAGAAUGUUCCGACUCAAAAGAGACCAUGCUGUAAAGUAUUCAAAAGCACUUAUUGAAUAUUUCAAGAACUCAUCAAAAGCUGCACAGGCCCCAUCCCCUUGGGGUGCCAGUGGAAAGAGCACAGGAACUCCAUCCCCCAUGUCCCCAAGUCCUUCUCCAGUCAGCUCUGUAGGAUCCCAGGGGAGCACUGGUGCCCCUUCCCCUUCCUCCAUCAUCAGCAUUCCCCAGCGUAUUCAUCAGAUGGCUGCCAAUCAUGUCAGCAUCACCAACAGCAUCCUGCACAGUUAUGACUACUGGGAGAUGGCUGACAAUCUGGCCAAGGAAAACAGAGAUUUUUUUAAUGACUUGGAUGCAUUGAUGGGACCUGUCACCUUGCACAGCAGUAUGGAGCAUUUAGUUCAGUAUACUCAACAAGGACUUCACUGGGUGCGGAAUAGUGCUCACUUGUCAUAAUGACUGUGUGCCAUUCAAAGGAACUGUGUACUCUCCGAUGGACAGUUCAGUUAUUCUGGACACUGUGCUACAGAAAUAAUCUACCACAGCAUUGAUCCAAACAAAGGUGACUAUUUCUUCAACAUUGAACAGUAUUUUUCAGAGUGUAGACAUGUAUGUGUGUGUAUAUAUUAUAUACAGCUGUGUCCCUGCAUUGUUCCAUAAUAGUCAUCAAGCAUCUUCAUACUAGAGACAAAUCUGAUCACACUUGCAUUUAGUGCAUAAACACACUGUUUCUAUUCUUGUGUUUGGAAACCAAAAUCUUAUGGGUUAAUUGGAACAAGUACAAUAAGCGCAAUGGCCUGUAUUCAGGAAGGCACUUAAGUAUGUGCUUAACUUGAAGCAUGUGCAUAAAUCCAAUUGACUUCAGUAAAACUUAAGCAGAUAUGUAAGUGGGAUCCUGAACUGGAGUGCUUUCUUGAAUCAGGGCCAAGAGGAGGUUGACUGGCAGUUGGGAUGCACAUUCACUUGUUAUUCCCCAAUUGGGCUGGAUUGAUAAACUGCAUAAACUAUUAACAAUAUGGAGAGGGAAACAUAGCUUUUUGUGCAUGCAUUUCUCUAUUUCCCUAUUUUUAAAGUGUAUUGUCUCUUACUGAGGCUCUUUAUAAACAUUAUCAAGCAAACAACCAACAUACAUGAAAAAUAUAUAUGUUGACAGCAAGGAACUAGAAGGGAUUCUGGAAAGCUGUGUACUGGUAUUGAAAGCAAGUAGUUAAAACAAAAAUAUGACAAACUGCAACUCAUUUAGAAAAGAACAUGUUUUUAUUACACAUGCGCAUAUACCAGUAAUAUUUGUUUGCUCUGUGUAGGAAGGCAUCACUUUACUGCCUCCAGUUUUCAUAUCUUUUUCAUCCUAAACUAGCCUGCUUGCACAGUUUCUUUUCAGCUGUAUCAAGCCAUCACAGGCAAUUCUCUUUUAUCUGGAAACCAGACUUUGCUACUCACUAAACUAAGAAUGGAUUCCUAUCAUAAUCCCCUCACUCUUUAUACAUAAUCCUCAUCUAGGCUUUAAUGUUUCUGAUUUAUGGGGUGUUCACCUGCAAUAACUGCAAUUUAAUCUGGGUCAGUUGAGGUCAGGGCCAAUUAAUAUCUAUUGUGUUUCCAGUUUAGUGUUUUGGGACAGUUUUUUUGCUUAAUUUCAUUUUCAUUCAUCUGCUACCACGUGCUAGUUUCCUUUCUUUGUUUUUCUCCAAAAUUAAAUUUUAUUGGCUAUUUUGCGACCAGUUGCACAGCCCCUACUGCUGCAUGUGGCUGCAUUGACUUAGUUGGAAUGUUUAUUUAAGAGCCACCAAAUAGACCUCUUUGUUGUCACCUUCUGGUUUAUUUUAUACUGAUAUUAGUGUCAAGCAGGUCCACCCCUCUCCCAAAAACAACCCUGUCAAUAGCUACUGGUUAAGAAAAGAAAAACAGCCUCUUUCUAAUAUAUAGGCCCACUGCUUCUUUUUUCUUAUUCUAAUAAAUUAUGUUAGAAACCAUUAUAUCAAAUGAUCUGGUACUUUUUCUCAUUAAACACGAUUUGUGGUAACACAAUAUCUGCCAGUCUUUAGUCUGGUUGUUGCAUGUUGCAAAGGAAAUACCAAUAGUUUGGAAAUGCUACUUGAUCUGAUUACUACCUGAUCCCUGGUUGUAAAGACUGCCAGGAUUUAUUAAACUAGGCAGCAGUUUAAGUUAUCUUAAUACUGUGAGCUAUUCUGGCACUGCGAGGAGAGCAGGGAGAAUUGUCCGUCAAAUCAGAUAAGUGAAAUGCCUGUUAGAUUUACUUCUGCUUUCUUUGAUGGUGGCUCUGACAUUUGUCUUUCGAUAAGCUCUUGUGUUUGCUAUUUUGUGUUGGUAGAACAUAGAAGCAACGUAUACGCCUUGCUUUACACAGAUUUUAGUUUCAUCAUGCACUUGGCAUUUUAGGUUUGUAUAUGGAAACGUGCAUCAUUUAUUUUAUUAGGAUUGGGGACAGUUUUUUUUCUAAUCAUGAUGAACCUUUAGAAUGUGUAUGGAACUAAUAUGUACAAUAAGUUUUUAGGAGGAAGAGUUAAUGUCCUUUUGGUUUAAUGCGUUUCCUGACUACUAAGCAGCUCUUGUAAAUUUUUGUCCUCUCUCAUAUGCUGCUCCACUUAUUCCAGCUAAAAUAAUCAGAUUCCAUGGAAAUGGUGUAUUGUUUUUAGGUACCUUGCUGGUAUCAGUUCUGUAGAACAUCUAAUCAGUGCACUGAACUAAUGUUUACACCAUAAUCACUGUUAAUAUGAAAAGGUAAUGCUCCCCUAAAGUCAGUGGAAGUUCACCUGUUUAAACCAGCCAGGAAAUCCAACUGAUUGUCUAGGGCAGGGGCAGGCAAAGCCUGGCCUGCAGGCCGGAUGAGGACUACAGCGGACUUCAUU